UGCCAGUCGAGGGGCGGGUCGGUGAGCAAAGCUUGAACACUCUGCAGCCCUGGUGCCCCCACUCCCCACGCCUGCCUUCGGAGCCCAGCCCGUGGCAAUCUCACGCUCCUCGCCAUCAUGCUGUGGCCGGGCUGCCAGGCGCUUCGGCACUUCUCAACCGGCCAGGUUUAUUUCAAAAACAAGCUGAAGUUGGCACUUAUUGGCCAGAGCCUCUUUGGACAGCAAGUCUAUAGCCACCUCCAGAAAGAGGGUCACCGAGUGGUGGGCGUGUUCACAGUUCCAGACAAGGACGGAAAGGCUGAUCCACUAGCUUUGGCUGCAGAGAAAGAUGGGACCCCUGUGUUCAAGUUCCCCCGAUGGAGAGUCAAGGGUAAAACCAUCAAGGAGGUGGCAGAAGCCUACCAGUCAGUGGGCGCCGAGCUCAAUGUGCUUCCCUUCUGCACACAGUUCAUCCCCAUGGAUGUCAUUGACGGCCCAAAGCACGGCUCCAUCAUCUACCACCCAUCCCUGCUACCCAGGCACAGAGGAGCAUCUGCCAUCAACUGGACUCUAAUCUCAGGAGAUAAGCAAGCUGGGUUGUCUGUUUUCUGGGCAGAUGAUGGUUUAGAUACAGGACCCAUCCUUCUUCAGAGAUCAUGUGAUGUCAAACCCAAUGAUACAGUGGAUGCACUUUAUAACCGGUUCCUUUUUCCUGAGGGAAUCAAGGCCAUGGUAGAAGCUGUCCAACUCAUAGCUGAUGGAAAAGCUCCUCGCAUCCCCCAGCCAGAAGAGGGGGCAACCUACGAAGGGAUCCAGAAGAAGGAGAACGCUGAGAUUUCUUGGGACCAGCCUGCUGAAGUUUUGCAUAACUGGAUUCGAGGUCAUGACAAGGUCCCUGGAGCCUGGGCAGAGAUAAAUGGACAGAUGGUGACUUUCUACGGUUCAUCAUUAUUGACUAGCUCUGUGCCUGCUGGAGAACCCCUGGACAUUAGAGGUUCCAAGACGCCUGGCCUUGUUACCAAAAAUGGACUUGUUCUUUUUGGUAACGAUGGAAAAGCACUGAUGGUGAGAAAUCUGCAGUUUGAGGAUGGGAAGAUGAUUCCUGCCUCCCAGUACUUCUCAUCGGGUGAGACAUCAGCAGUAGAACUUACAGCUGAGGAGAUGAAGGUGGCAGAGACCAUCAAGGUCAUCUGGGCUCGAAUUUUGAGCAAUGUCCCUGUGAUUGAAGACUCCACAGACUUCUUUAAAUCUGGAGCAAGCUCAAUGGAUGUCGUGAGGCUGGUGGAAGAGAUCAGACAGAAAUGUGGUGGUCUUCAACUGCAGAAUGAAGAUGUCUACAUGGCCACCAAGUUUGAGGAUUUCAUCCAAAUGGUCGUGCGGAAACUGAGAGGAGAGGACCAAGAGGUGGAGCUGGUGGUGGAUUAUGUCUCAAAGGAGGUCAAUGAAAUGACAGUGAAAAUGCCGUAUCAGUGUUUCAUAAAUGGACAGUUUGUGGAUGCCGAGGAUGGGGAGACUUACGAUACUGUCAACCCCACAGAUGGAUCUACGAUAUGCAGAGUGUCCUACGCUUCCUUAGCGGAUGUUGACAAAGCAGUAGCUGCAGCCAAGGACGCCUUUGAAAAUGGUGAAUGGGGAAAGAUGAAUGCCAGAGAGAGAGGAAGACUGAUGUACAGACUUGCUGAUCUACUGGAAGAAAACCAAGAGGAGCUGGCAACCAUAGAAGCCCUGGAUUCCGGGGCUGUCUACACCCUGGCUCUGAAGACUCACAUUGGAAUGUCUGUGCAAACAUUCCGAUACUUCGCAGGCUGGUGUGACAAAAUUCAGGGCUCUACAAUCCCAAUCAACCAGGCCCGUCCAAAUCACAACCUGACCUUCACCAAGAAGGAGCCACUUGGUGUCUGUGCCAUCAUCAUCCCCUGGAACUACCCACUGAUGAUGCUGGCCUGGAAGAGUGCAGCAUGCUUGGCAGCAGGCAACACCCUAGUACUCAAGCCGGCACAGGUCACGCCCUUGACAGCGCUGAAGUUUGCAGAGCUGACUGUGAAAGCAGGCUUUCCAAAGGGGGUAAUCAACAUCGUUCCAGGCUCAGGGGGUGUUGCAGGACAGCGGCUUUCUCAGCACCCAGAUAUCCGCAAGCUUGGCUUCACUGGCUCCACGUCUGUGGGCAAACAGAUCAUGAGCAGCUGUGCUGUGAGCAACCUGAAGAAAGUUUCCCUUGAGCUUGGUGGCAAAUCCCCACUUAUAAUAUUCAAUGACUGUGAACUUGACAAGGCAGUGCGGAUGGGCAUGGGUGCAGUAUUUUUCAAUAAAGGAGAGAACUGCAUUGCAGCUGGACGACUGUUUGUGGAAGAGUCCAUCCACGACGAAUUUGUAACCAGAGUGGUGGAAGAAAUUAAAAUGAUGAAGAUUGGUGAUCCGCUGGACAGAGCUACGGACCACGGGCCCCAAAACCACAAAGCGCAUCUAGAAAAGCUGCUGCAGUACUGUGAAACUGGAGUGAAGGAAGGGGCCACACUGGUAUACGGAGGAAGACAGGUGCAGCGGUUGGGCUUCUUUAUGGAACCAACCGUGUUCACAGAUGUUGAAGACCACAUGUACCUUGCCAAAGAGGAAUCCUUCGGGCCUAUCAUGGUCAUUUCUAAAUUUCAAAAUGGGGACAUCGACGGGGUGCUGCGUCGAGCAAAUAACACUGAAUAUGGUUUGGCCUCUGGGGUUUUCACGAGAGACAUCAGCAAAGCCAUGUACGUGAGUGACAAGCUAGAGGCGGGCACAGUUUUCAUCAACACCUACAACAAGACAGACGUGGCGGCCCCGUUUGGCGGAGUGAAGCAGUCUGGCUUUGGAAAAGACUUGGGUGAGGAAGCCCUGAAUGAAUACCUCAAGACCAAAACGGUGACACUCGAGUAUUAGAGCAAUGCCAGCCUCAGGAGGCCUUCGAUGAAUAGCCUGCUUCUCAAACCGUCACAAGCUGAGGAAGGAGGAACCAUCUGUGAGCCACAAAAAUACAUACAAGGACCAAGAAGAGGGUUGGGCCGCUUGUGUGAGCAUUUGCCUGAGGGCCUCAGUAAAUUCUAGUAUACUAUUUUUCUCACCAAAUGACUUACCUCUGUUAGGUUUUAACAAUGUUGGGUAUUCUGUGUAUUUCUAAAGUAUCUAAGCCCCUUCUGUUCCAUGAAGGACUAUUCUCUUCAAGGCCAUCCCUCUUGAACACACUGACCUCACUCAGCUGUAAUGUACAGAUACAUUUAGGAUUUCUGGAUCAUUAAUCCCCGGGCCAUACAGAUUGGACACUAACAACCAUUUCUUUACUUUUGUUUUCAAAGCACAGCAUACCCCAUGUAGAAUGUGAUGGCUGUCCUUUUCCCUUUUCAUAGAACAUCCAUUUUUGUGCCUUUGACUCUCCUGUAGCCCACUGUGACAGACGAGCAGCCCAUGGCUUUUCUUCCAUAUCUACCUACUGGGUACAAACUGAAGUUCUGAGGACCUUGGUCCUAUAUUGUCAUCGUCUUUGGUCCUAUAGUUUAAAUUCUAGUAAACAGUUUUUUCCGGAAGUACACAGCAUGCGAUGGCCAAUCUUAGUCAUACUAGACUGUCAUACUACCUGGCUUGGAGAAAAUUACCCACCUUCUCUGAGCUCUGGCUUCCUAUGUGGGCUCCCUGGUGUGUAAAACAGGGGUAGCAGUGCCUUCCUCAAUACCCUCAUUAAAAGGAUUCUGUGCAAUAAAAAAAGCCCCAGCACUGGGCUUCGCCGUAUAUGUAAAUAGUCAAUUAAAUGUAAGUCUCUUUUUCCAUCUCUGCUUUAAAAAUACCGAGAUGAGUUAAUUGACUAGAUGAGGGAACUUCCAAGAAGGCUCAUUGAUCAGUGAAGUGAACUGAUGGAUGAAAUGAACUUCCUACACUUCCCACCCAUUCUCCUCACAUCGUGCCUGGCACAGUUCUGACACCUGCUGUGCACUGAAAAAUGGUGCUAGAGACAGUGUCUCCUGCCUGCAACACCAGACUCAGGAGGCUGAGGCAGGAUGAUCACUGAGCCUGGCUACCAGACAAACAAAACUAACUAUUAAAAUGUCAGUGGCACCAGGAAAAGUGGCACCUUUCCCAUGGCUGUUUUCCUGGAUGCUUAUUCACCCUUUCACAGGACAUCUUGCCUCCCACUUCUCUACCUGCUGACUCUGUUGCUCACUGGCUGUGUGAUGUCAGGCAAGUUAGUGACCUAAUGUCCCCGGGGCUCAAUUUGGUGUAAGACGGCGAUAAACUCCGUGACUUAAGUGAUAUAGUGUUGGCACGCACACCCCCAGUAUCUUUGUCACAUCACUCAAGGACUGGCCACUGCUCCUGUGCAGUGCUCACAUUGAGUCCCACUGUGACACAGGUUUAAUUAUUGCUGCUGACAUGUAAUCAGACAAAGGGUACUUCUUGAACACAGAAGUCUCCAGAAGAUGGCCAGAACAGCUAACUUCCGUUACAUCUUCCUUCUGAAGGGCAGCUUCGGUGAACACUCAUUCCUUGGGUGUGGCAGACACUCCUGAGGAGUACUACCAACUUUGGAAGCUAGAUGAGGGUGUGCAGGGAAUCAGUAACAUUAGAGGCAGAAAACAUUUCCAGGGAAAGAUCCCGCCUUGACCAAUGCAGCAAAGAUUGCCUUCCAGCACUUCUUAUUACACUACCAUUCAUUUACCAUCAGAAACAGAAUUGAAAUGACUAUUCACUGGCCUCAAAUUACAGUUCCUAUUUGCAGAAAAUGGCAGAAGCCUUGGUCUAAGUUACCACUGGCCCUCCCCCUGCAAGUGACUCUGGAGGCAUCACCCUCUUCAUGAGGCAAGCCUUCUGAUCACCAAGAAUCUGUUCUUAGACACAGCAGCAGCACUUGGAAGGCGGAGGCAGGAGGACCAGAAGUUUAAAGUGAGCCUUAACUACACAGUGAGUACAGGGUCUGCCUGGGCUUUAUUACAUCCUGUCUCAAAAAGGAGAAACCUGCUGCUGCAAAAACUUCAGGAAAGCCUUGAUUCCUCCAUUGCUACUUCUGCUCUUUCCUGAUUUCCCAUCUCUUCCGGAAGUUCUCCCUGAGCAACUGCUCCCUGAAGCAGACCGUGGGCUGGGAAUUCCACUUUCAUCCUUUGUUUCUACCGUGUCCACCUUUUGAAGCUUGUGAUCUUUCUAGUUCUGAAGCAUCCCUUUAUUUGCGGUCCCACUCCUUGUGUUCCCUCCCUUCACGAUGAUCCUGCCCACACUGACUUGACUUUCACUACCACUGGAGAAUACUGCUGAUGCUGCUUAAGAUGGACACUUUAAAAUGAAGUAUCUUAUCAUGAUUUGGCAUAGUAUCAAUUUGCUUUAAUAGCAUGGCAGACCAAAAAAACAUGCUUGCUCUCCUCUCCUGGGCUGGUUGUUUAUCCUGUAUUUUAUUAUUAUUAUUAUUACAUCAUUAUUAUUUACUAUUAUUAUUAUUGGUUUCCAAGACAAGGCUUCUUUGUGUAUCCUUGGCUGUAGACCAGGCUGGCCUUGAACUCACUAGAGAGCCACCUGCCUCUGCUUCUGGAGAGCUGGGAUGAAAGGCGUGUGCCACCACCACCUUGCUUACCCUCAAAUGUUAAUCAAGGUGGCUACACUGUUAACUUUGAACUUCUUUGGGAAUCUGAUAAAAGCAAAUGCUCGUGCCACUCCUGCUCCCAAAUUCAUGUACACAUCCAUAAUCCUAUGAGAACCAAGGGAUCCUCAGAGCUUCCCAAGGCCAUGUGUGGGCCACAGACUCGGACCUUUCUCCAUGGCGAGUUCUAUACAGUUUUUGGCAAGUGUGCUUUUGAUAUCUGAGUACUGAUGAUAAUCAACAGCAGCAAGAAACACCCAACAUUGGGAACUGAACUGAAGCUUGAGGGUCCUGGAGCCUGCCUAAGUGGCUUAAUUAGCAGAGAUAACUAAGUCAUUGCUUAAUCAAGUUCCUUCAGAUCAUUUGUUCUAAGCCCGGAUGUGUUUGGCCCUGGACUGGGGCAAUGCAGAUAUGGUCAGCAUGUCUACCCUAGCUCCCUAUGCCCAUGUCUCUGUUCUGUCCUUUGAGCAAACUUCCUUCCAGACCUUUCUUUUCCUAUCUGCAGCUGGGUUAAGCUUCUCUCUAGGCUCUUGCCUCAAACUCAGCACUUGAUACUCAAGCUGCUGACUGUAAUUGUCAAUGAUCACUCCUGUCUCUGUCCCCAGAACGCUAAGUCCACAGCACCUGUCAUUUGAGGGCCUCCUGUGUGCCACUCGACUGAGCAGGUUUUACUAUUCUGUAACUAUUCUAUACUUAUAGGAUAACUGCUAUUCUAUUCAAUCUUGCCAGUACCUUUGCCAAUGAAUGGAGGUGUUCUUUUCUCUGCCUGCACCACCACACCACGUCAUAACCUCAUUUUAUAGACUAUUAAUUCUCUUAUUCCUCCCUCAUGUGUCCUGUUUAAAGCUUGUUGGUCUUGACACUCUGCUCAAAACUUAAGGGGUUUGUUUAGCAUAAAGCCCAGUGUAUUCACUACUGCCAGUCCAUCUUGGUCCUCUGACCUCACCUCUAUUGAUUUCUCUAUGUUCUGACUGUCCUGGUCACUCUGAUGUUUUUCAAACACACCAAGUCUGUCCCCGCCUCCAGGCUGCUGAAUGAAUUGGUCCCUGUGCCAGCGCUGUGAUGGUGAUGGAUUUUGUUGCAGGUGUGGGGGAGGAGGGAAAGACACAGCACUCUCCGUGUAAAAACUCUCUUCAGAGCUGAUUUCAACUUACUAGUUCGACUUCACUGAACAUGGAGCUGGGAAGAAAGGUAACUGACAAGGCAAGCCAACACCAGCAUCCCACUGCCUCCUGCUGAACUGUCCUUGCUGUCCACAGCUUCUUGCUGCCUUGCUUUGACGUCUCUCAUCAGAAAUCAUGUUCCACACAUUGCCUGCUCAGCAUACAUGACCUGCCAUCCACAUGUGGCUGCUCUGUCAUUCUGUGCCUCUCCGUCUGUUCUUUCUGUAGCACUCACCACUACCUGGCCUAUACCAAACAGCUCGAUGCAGACACUGGGAUGUAAUCUUUGGGAACAAGUGCUGGCUUUGUUCCAGGCCUAAGAUGUAGGAGAGCUCAAGAGGAUCUGCUUUCUAGUUGAGAGGUUAGGUGACCUGCCUAAAUCACACUUAAUAAAAUAUUAAGUAUUUGUGCAGUGAACUCAUAGUCUUAACCAUGAGAUUUUUAUUCCCAAUGCCUUCAACAGGGCCUGGAUACUGAAGAGCAGGAAUACAAAGAAUUAUUUAUCAAAAUAAAAAUAAAAUAAAAUCAGCUCAAUAGAUAUUAUCUGCAAGAGAUUUUGCAGAAGUAGUUAGGACAAGGGUGAAGAGCCUCUCCAUAUUUAAUGUUCCAUGAAAAUGUGUUAGGGGAAGCCUAGGGUAGAAGGGAAUAAUGAAAGGUGGUAGACGAAUCGUGGCUCAUUGUACAGGGAUUGUUACUACUAUUGCAAAUAUACUUUAAAAAUUCACUUGGAUAUCAAAUUAUGUUUUUUUUUGAAAAAGACCCUAUUUUCUUCCCACUUAGGCUCCAAAAACAUGAGAGGUGGCAGAUAGGAGUGACUGAGAGGCUGGGUGUGAUGGCUCACACCUUUAAUCCCAGCACAUCAGGAGGCAGAGGUGAGCCUGGUCUACAUUGUGAGUUCCAGGCUACCAGCCAAGACUACAUAGUGGGACCCUGCCUCAAACAAACAAAAAGCAAACAAACAAAAAACAAAACCAGGAAGGGGGUGGUGGCUGAGAGGGAUUGUCAUUCUUACAUGCUUAAAUGAGUUUUAAAUAGUAUUUAAUUAUGUAAAAACGUAUGAAGUGACUCAUCCAUCAGUUUCUUUCCACAGAAAUAACCACACACCUGAGAUUGCCUUAUUCUCCAUUGUUAGACUUGCUGAUCAGCUACUAACUUGUUACCUUUAUUUUCAUUCAACAGUUACACUUGUUAAUGGACACUAACUUGUUACCUUCAUUCUCAAUCAAUAGUUACACUUGUUAAUGGACACUAACUUGUUACUUUCAUUCUCAAUCAACAGUUACACUUGUUAAUGGACACUAACUUGUUACCUUCAUUUUCAAUCAACGAGGCCAUCACUAUGUCAAUAAACACAUCUUUGCACAGUU